AUCGUGAAGCCGAUGAUGUCAUCCCCCCCGCUCGACACGAGCAGCACAACACGGAAGUCCUCGAGUCUCUGGCUCAACCUGUUUGCGCGAAACGACUUUAAGAGCAAAUGUUUCCCUUUUAGCGGCAGAAUGCCCGUUGAAAGCCCGGAGAGCAGGACGGUGGAGGUGCGGGCUCUGCCGGCCGCCGUGGACGAGGAGCUGCUCUUUCUGUACUUUGAGAACAAGCGGCGCUCCGGGGGGGGUCCGCUCGUCUCCGUGGAGAAGAGCGGCGACCGCGCCGUGCUGGUGUUUGAAGAGGCGGAAGACGCAGCCAGAGUGCUGUCGAAAGGGCACCACGUUCUGCAUAACGUGGAGCUGUGUGUGAGGAGGCCCGCCUCAAAGGACCAAUAUCGCCUGCUGCUGCGGGGGAUCAACCCCGACACCAGCACGGAGAUGAUAGAGCUCUAUGUGGAGAACUUGAUGGGCUUGAACAUGCCGGACUACACUCUGUAUCCCUCACCGGGGAGAGAUUUCAUCCUCAUCUCCCUCAGCCAACCGCUCUCCAAAGAUUUCCAAAACCUUCGCGCUAAAAUCUCCAAGAGGAAACUGGACGGCGCCGAGGUGAGUCUGGAACAGGCCGAGCCGACGGACUCCGUCUUGGUGGAGAACCUGCAGCCCGGCACCACUCCGGACCUGCUCGCGUUGUACUUUGAGAGCCGGCGAGGUGGCGACCAGAAGGUCAAGGAGGUCACGAUGCUUUCCGAUCGCACGGCCGUGGUGUCCUUCGUCAACUACGAAUCCGUGGGCCCGAUUCUCGACCACCCGCACAAACUGGAGGGCGCCGAUCUCGGCGUGAGGCCGCACUUUGACUUCCUCUUACCCGCGGGAAGAUUAACGUCGCAGGACUCUGGAAUCGGGAGCCGACGCGUGACCGAGAGGAACUCUGAGGACACGCCGAUGCAGACGAGUCCUCCCGUCGCGGUCCACGCGGACCGCCGGGCCUCCUCCCCGUCGGCCUCGAGGCCUCUCGCUGCCCGCGAACCGGCGGUAGACGAGGCCGAGGAAGUCAUGGAGGAGCAGACGGAGGCGGCAGCUACGAUAUCGAGUCGCGUUCCUGUCGCCGACCCGGCGAAACUCGCUUUGUUUGAACUCGCCGCCUUCCGACGGGACACCGAGAACGCCCACCCGAACGUCACCGUCCGAAUCGAAGACGGCGGCGUGCACAUCGCGGGGACCGACGGGCGACUGGUCGAGCGGAUCAAAGGCGCCGUCUCCGACUUUUUUGGCAAAAUGGCCGAGUGUCGUUUCACCCUCGAGUCCGAGAUGGCUCAGCUCCUCGCGAGAAAAGAGGUACAAGAGCACCUCCUGCGAGCCGGGGCUGAAGCCGGGUCGCCUGCCACGUACACCGUGUCCGACGCCACCGUCGUGGUCGCCGCCCUCUCCCAGGACUCCGCCCACCAGGCGUGUAGCUUUUAUAAAUCCCAGCUGAGUCGCCUCAGCAUCGCGGUGGACUCGGAGAACGAGUGCAUGCUGUACUGCAGGGAGUGGUCCGAGUUCCUGCAGGCUCUGGGCUUCUCCACCGUCAAGGUGUCGGAACGAGGCGGCAAUGUCGACGUGUGCACUCUGAAAGGGAUGGAGGGCGAGAAGCAGGCGGCCAUCGUGCAGUUUCUCACCACGCCCAUCGAAAGGGAGACGGUCAUCUCGAUGGAGCCGGGCAUCCUGAAGUACAUCCAGAUCCACUGUCACCAGCUGCUGGCCGACAUGGACCGGGUGUCCAUCAUCCCUCUGGAAGCAGAGGGCGUUUGUGGGCUGAAGCUCCACGGCCCCGCCACCACGUGUCAAAUGGCCGAGGAGGUGCUGCAAGGCGUCGUGUCCUCCAUCUGCACCAGGACCAUCACGGUGAACGCGCCGGGGGUGACGCGGUUCUUAAACGAGUCGGAGUGCACGAAGAUCAUGAAGGAGAUGGAGACGAAGUUCACGGUCUACAUCAGGCAGAAGUUCGUGCCCUGGGAAUACCUGCCACACCAGGACUUCUUCGUCUCCGCGUGGGAAAUGAUGUCCCGCAAAAACUUCCAGCGGGCAUCUCCGGACGGCGCUCCUCUGGAGUUGAAGGCCGAUUCGAUGCAGACGGAUCACGACGCCGCUCCCGACGAAGGCCUUUUAGACGAGGCGGCGGGAAUCGAUGGCGCGCUCGAGAAGGGGGCGCCCGAUUCGGACCGAGCCGACGACAUGGACGGCUUGGACAUGUACUCGGCGGAGGAGCCCGCCGGCCUCGCGGACCCGGACGCCUCCGGGAUGGCCGUGGACGAUUUCCAUCGCUCGGUUCUCGUGGAAACCACGAGCGGGUUGCGCCGGCUGCAGGGCGGCGUCCUCUACCACACCAGCGACCUCGAAGAAGACGCCCAGCUGUCUCUGGCCAUCCAGUACUCCAUGGAGUCCAGCCACUGGUCGCUGCAGGACGAGGACCGGCAGCUGAAAGACGCCCUGGAGCUGUCCAAGAGCCAGCACGAGGCGGCCUCUUCCGGCGGCGACCGGCGCCCCGACGCGGCGAAGGGCGAGGGCGCCCGCUUACGGGACGCCAUCGAGGCGGCCGGCACCCUCCAGCUGUUUGUGUUCGCGGGUUACAACUGCGACCUGAUCCGCGUGGACAUCGCCUUCGGGAAGAAGGUCAGCCAGCGGCAGGUGGAGGAGAAGCUGGAGCACCGGACGGUGAAGAACAUGUCCGAGUACCACCGGACGUGUCUGCAGGUGAUCAAGAGGAAGCACGGCGUGGACGUCCACAUCAAAGGCACCAUCAUCGCGGUGUGCGGCUUCAAGGACUACGUGAGCGGGGCGCUGGCCGACGUCAAGCUGCUGCUGGAGAGGAUGGCCUCCUCCGUGCCCGACCGGGACAUCCUGAGGACGGUGCAGUGGAUGCACCACGACCCGGACUCCUCGGACGCCACCCUGUAUUCGCCCGACGCCACCGUGUUCAUCGAGAACGCGCUGAGGAUGCGGCUGGAGACGCUCGACAUCCUGCUGGACGAGCAGCCCCACGUCAUCAACUUUCAGAAGAUGCAGGAGGUCAACGUGGCUUCUGGGAAAUCUGUGAAAGUCUCCAGGAAGAUGCCCGAAAUGGGCGAUUUGGACGCCGACGUACCAGAGGAGGAAUACUCGCUGCUGUCCAACAUGCCCGAGGCCACCAAGGUCGACGAGGAAUCCGACGAAUUUCAGAACGUGGUGAAGAAUUUCUACGAGAGCAUUCAGCAAUUCCACAGCAAGAUCAGAAUCAUACAGGUGGAGAAGCUCAUGAACCGCCUGCUCUUCAAUCAGUACAAGUUGAAGAAGGCGAGCGUGCUGCAGCACGCCACGUACCCGGAGAUCGAGCGGACCCUCUACCACGGCACGAGCGAGACCUGCGUGAAAGAGAUCUGCGUGCACGGGUUCAACAGAAGCUUCUCUGGAAAGAACGCCACCGUCUACGGUCAGGGCGUGUAUUUUGCCGUCAACUCGGCGCUGUCCGUCCAGGAACAAUACUCGCCCCCGAACGCCGACGGAUACAAGUACAUCUUCGUGUCCAAGGUCCUCACGGGCGACUACACCAAAGGCUGCCACUCGAUGAAGACGGCCCCGCUGAAGGAGACGGACGGCAUCCCCCUCCGGUACGACAGCGUGACCGACGACAUCACCAAGCCGGCCAUGUUCGUCAUCUUCAACGACACGCAGGCGUUCCCCGAAUAUCUCAUCACGUGCCAGAGGAUCCACCGCUGAGCGGCAACGGGAGACGGAGGGAAUUGUGGUUAAUAAAGGGUUAAUUAUUGUUAUAAUUCUAGUGAGACGGCAGCUUUUCAUGAUCUAAAAUGUCGACGCGUACGGAUUUUUGAAUGUUUGAUCAGUUUAGUCGAGUCUGAUCAAGAGAAGCUUAUUUUACUGCAGAGAAAAUGAAUUUGGCACCACACAGUACAGAGAUUCAUCUCCGUGAUUAAACUAGCGAGUAUCUGACAUAUGAUGUGUUUAUGGUCUUGAAAUCAAACAUGAAUGCUUUGCCCUGUGUUGGUCCUGAUUUUCCUUCGUGGGACAUCACAAAGUUUUCAUGUAAUUUGAAGCUGGAUGCAGCGUGUACCAGCUUCUAUCUGGAGGAGGUGAACGCAACCUAUCACUCCCCGGUUAUGAGUUUGUGCACAUAAAAUAUGUUUAACUAUGAUUUAUAUGGUUAUUUUUUUGUGGGUUUCAGAGGUUUGAGUUCCCCUGAAGCGUCGAGGCUCUUCUUAGUUCUAUGAGAAGAGAUUCUGAGAAUAGCAGACACAGGUCCACCGCUCCACCCAAAAACAAAACGUUAUACGGAAAUAAUAACUUUGUUUUCAAAAAGGAAGACAGUUGGGUCUUGGUUGGAAAUGACGACGAGUGUCCCCAACGUCAUGCAUUGGUUUUGUUUUCUGAGUUGUAAGCUAUCUUAUACAUGUUGUAAAUGUUAAGCUUUCCAUCACUGACACUUUUAGCUCACUAUGGAAUUCUGAGACGUGUAUUAUUUUAAUAAAACAACAUAAUCUGUGAGUUAGGACUUGUGUGCAAAAAUACAUGUGGUGAUCAUUGCAAAUUCUUAUGUCUAACUUCUGCUGGGGAGUAUAUCUACCAAAGAUGUUUUUUCUUCUCUUUUUAUUACAAACUGUUAAAUCAUAUUGUUUUUUUGUUUUAAACAUGAACAUUUUGCAGUCUCGAAAAGAAAGAGCAUUAUUUGAAAGAAGAAUAAAGUUUCUUUAACCCUU